AUGGUGAAGGUAGGCCUAGGUGAAGAGGCCAAUAAGGGCGGCAGCAAAGAUGAGCUGCAGUUUAGGAGCCUCUGUGAGUGGCUGCACCAGGCCAUCCAGCGCUGCAUCCAGUCCCUGAGGCAUGCCCACCAGUGCCAUGAAGCCAAUUGCCCGCAGCUGUCCUGCCAGAAGAUGAACCGGGUUAUGCAGCACACCAAGGGCUGCCAGCACAAGGCUAAUGGAGAUUGCAGAGUGUGCAAGUAG